AUGGGGGCGACCUCCGCGCGCGGGUCGAGAGCGCGAUCGAGGCGAUGCGUCACCCUGUUCCUCUUCAUCGCGUCGCUGACGAUCGCGUACGAGCUCACGCGAUGGGCGUGGGGGCCCGCGCCGGAGCGCGCGCGCAAUCGCGGCGGACCGGAGGCGGCGAUCGCAUCCUCCCGCGAUCGACGACGCGGAGACGAGGGGCCGGCGCGGGCGUCCGCGCGCGAUGACGACGACGAUGAGGAGGAGGAGGAGGCGGAGCGCGUGAGCGAGUUUGAGUCGAGCGGCGGCGUCGUCCUCGGCGCGGGCGGCGGGGACGCGACGAGCGGGGGGGCGUCGUUCGCGAGCGCGUUCGUCGACGCCGAGGAUGAGGACGUCGACGACGACGACGACGACGACGCGCGGCGACGCCGUCGAAAGUCGUCGCCGAGAAGGGAAACGGCGACGUCGGAGGAGGAGGCGCCGAGCGCGCGGAGGCGUGGGGACCCGCCCGCGCCGCCGUCGCCGGCCGCCCCGUCGCGGUCGUCGUCGUCGUCGUCGUCGUCGUCGUCGUCGUCGACGAAAGAAUCAGAAUCAGAAUCGUAUAAGAACGGCCCUAAUACCGCCGCCGGCAUCCACGUCGUCGCGACGUCGAACGGCAGCCCGUACCUGAACUGGCAGACGCGGAUAAUGUAUAGAACGUUCCUUGACGUCCAGCCCGGGAGCGAUAUGCUGCACUUCACGCGUCUGUUACACAGAAGAACCGACGACGAGCUCAUGGCCGAGGUGCCCACGGUCAGGGUGGACUCGCUGCACGCGGCGUGCGACGUGUGGUGCGAAUUCCCCGUCGCGGAUCGUCCGGACGCGAUAAAAAAAUGGCUGCGCACGUCCGACAGCCGCCGCGGCGCGCAACACUAUUUGCUCAUAGAGACGGAUUACGUGUGGCGACGCGCGAUGCCCGCGCCGCCGCCGAACUCUCCCGCGAUCGCGUUUCACUUCGAUUACAUCGACCCGAAGUUUCCGAAACUUCCCGAGGUGAUACGGAAGCUCAUCCCGGAGGAGAAGAGGGACUCGGUGAGGGUGGAGGACGUCAUGCGCUCGGGUCCCGCGCCGGUGAUGAUAAAACGCUCCGAUCUCGUGCGUUUAAUCGACGAGUACGAGCGCAUCGCCGCCGCGAUCGAGGCGGACGACGUCGCGAAAGAACGCCUGGGGUGGGUCCGAGAGAUGUACGCGUACGACGUCGCCGCCGCGGUGACGGGGGUGAAACACGACGUGCAAGAGCCCAGCGCGACGACGCUCAUCGCGCAGAUACAUGACUUCUCUUUGACGCAUCAGCCGCCCGCGGACCGCGCGGCGGGGAACGCGUCGCUGUAUCACUACACCUGGGGCGCGACGUACUUGGACGCGAACAAGAACGCGGUCUGGUCGUGGGAUAAGGUGCGUUCUAUACACUGGUUCCCAUACGACCGCAUUGGCGUGGUGAACGCCGAUUCUCAAGGACUUUUGCCGGCGUCUCUCUCCUCCCACCCCUCGGUUUCAAUCCCGACACACCUCGACGCCUUUCAACUCCAUCUGACGCCUUUCAACUCCACCCCGCUGUUCGCUCGUAUGGAACGACCCUAA